ACUGAUACAUGUGCCUUUUCGCGUUCAUUGAUCUGUUAGUGGGAAUUUGGAAUAAUGGAUGUUUUUGUCGCAUCACUUUUUAUGGCAAUUUUACUAAAUGGUAUAUGUCACAGUAAGAAAUGCACUGGACUUGCACCAGGAAUGUGCUGUUCGGGACAGGUAUGGGACAAUAUUUCUAAGACUUGCAAAUAUUGUCCUCCUGGUUACUUUGGGAAUACUUGCAGCACUCUCUGUAAGCAGUCGUACUAUGGAAUGCGCUGUAUGAAUAAAUGUAAUUGUUCCGAAAGCGAGUGCAAUCCUAUUUCUGGCUGCAACGAUUCAGUUACGUCACCAAUUCCAGAUGCACGUUCUCUCCGAACAGAACAGACGUCUAAUGACAUCAAAAGUGCCUCGGAGUCACUCCCAGUGUUUGCACGAGAUUCAUCAUCAGUCACGGCUACCAGCUCGCCACUGGAGAUCAUAGUUACCGGCCUAAGCGUUAUUCUUUGUCUCGGACUUAUCGCUUACGUUGGAAUGGCCAUAUUCGAAAAAACUGUUCACAUUCGAAACGCAUUGCACAUGGGAAACACAGAAAGAAAUGUGCACUAUGAAAAUGCGUACGGUGCAACAGAUCCCAUUAACUUCUACUGAAGUUAAUAACAUUACCGUUCACAUAUUUUGAUGAUGUUAUAUGUAUACUUUGUAAAUCAUUUUAAAUCAUCACACUUACGUAUCUAUAAGCUGUACGACAUGUCAUACAUUAUUUCACUGUUUUACUCAGAAUCAUUUUGUUUUGAAUAGAUGUUUACAAACAACUGUCAUUUGACCAUUCCUAAUACAUAGUCAGACGAUUAAAGGACAUUCAGGUGUCCUUUUCAUACUUUCAGAGGUAAGAUCAUCGGUGGUCUUAUCUCUGUAAAGCUGUGUAACUUGUUACUACAGUACCGUGCCAUACGUUUGACAAAAACAAAAUAUCAAAUAUAUCUUAAUGAUUCCUUUUACGCUUUUUCAAACCAAAAUUUAGAGAGUUGUGUCUAAGUUAUAUACAACAUUUUGGUAUUCCCCUCAUGCGCAUGGGGUUAUUUAUAGACGCCGAAUGGACUUACGAACAGUAGAUGUAUUCAUCUCCCACUAAAUUUACUUUUCAAAUAAUCUUUGCACUGUUUUCUUUUACAUGCAAACAUUUUUAAUCAUGUAAAUUAAGGGGAAAUUAACUUUAAAAAGCUUAUCCAUCUGCUUUAAAAUAAUUAUGUACAAAAAAUGAUCAUACGCCUUUAAUGUUCUUCUAAUGCAGAACACAACAAAAUCAACAUUAGAGAUAUAUAUUUAGACAUAGAUAUAAUUAAACAUAGAUUCAAUGAACAACACCAAAAUAGUUUUAGAUAAACUGUAUUUUAUUUACUUAAUGAUUAUGUCAUCUG